AUGGAGAGCCAGGGGUGCAGAGCUGCAGCUGUCCUGGCUGGCUCCUGGCUCUCCUGCAUGGUGGGAGCCCUGGAGGACGUGGGGCUGGAGAACGUCAGCUGGGCUGCCGAGGACGCGCCGGGCAACGAAUCCUCGGAGCACGCCUUCUUCUCUCUGGAUUAUCAGCACGUCCAGGUGCCCUUUGAAAUCACCCUCUGGAUCAUGCUGGCAUCCCUGGCCAAAAUAGGGUUCCAUCUCUACAACAAGCUGCCCUCCGUCGUUCCCGAGAGCUGUUUGCUGAUCUUUGUGGGGCUCAUCAUGGGGGGAAUCAUCUAUGGGUUAAACGACAGAUCCCCACCAGUGAUGGACAGCGACAUCUUUUUCCUCUACCUCCUGCCCCCCAUCGUGCUGGACGCCGGCUACUUCAUGCCCAGCCGCCCCUUUUUCGAGAACAUCGGCACCAUCCUGCUCUACGCCGUGGUGGGCACCAUCUGGAACGUGUUUGGGAUUGGCUUUUCCCUGUAUGGCAUCUGCCAGGUGAAGUCCUUCCGGCUGCAGGACGUGUCCCUGCUGCACAACCUCCUGUUCGGCAGCCUCAUCGCCGCCGUGGACCCCGUGGCCGUGCUGGCUGUCUUUGAGGAGAUCCACGUCAACGAGAAGCUGCACAUCCUGGUUUUUGGGGAAUCGCUCCUCAAUGAUGCCGUGACCGUGGUGCUCUACAAACUCUUUCGCUCUUUCUGUGAAAUGCCCACCAUCAAAAGCAUGGAUGUUUUUGCUGGAAUUGGAAAAUUCUUCGUGGUUGGGCUGGGAGGAGUUUUAGUGGGGCUGAGUUUUGGGUUCACUGCUGCCUUCACCACGCGUUUCACCAAGGACAUCCGUGUCAUCGAGCCCCUCUUUGUGUUCCUGUACAGCUACCUGUCCUACCUCACUGCAGAGAUGUUCCACCUCUCCGGCAUCGUGGCCAUCAUUUCCUGUGCCAUGGGCAUGAAGCGUUACGUGGAGGCCAACAUCUCCCUCAAGUCCCACACCACAGUCAAGUACUUCAUGAAGAUGUGGAGCAGUGUGAGCGACACCCUCAUCUUCAUCUUCCUCGGAGUUUCCACCAUUGGAGAAAACCACGAGUGGAACUGGCCCUACAUUUGCUUCACGGUCAUUUUCUGUCUUGUUUGGAGGGCACUCGGGGUUCUUGUGCUGACUUUCUUUGUGAACAGAUUUCACGUGAACACCAUCACCAGUAAGGACCAGUUCAUCAUUGCCUACGGGGGGCUCCGAGGGGCCAUUUGCUUCUCGCUGGUUUUCCUGCUGCCCGACUUCCACAGGAAAAAGCUCUUCAUUGCAGCAACAACUGUUGUCAUCCUCUUCACCGUGUUCGUGCAGGGAAUGACCAUUCGCCCCCUUGUUGACCUGUUGGCUGUCAAGAGGAAAAGGGAGAGUGCUCCCACUGUGGGCGAGCAGAUCCACAUCAGGUUCCUGGAUCACUUGCUGGCUGGCAUUGAAGAUAUAUCUGGACACUGGGGACAGUAUUACUGGAAAGACAAGCUGGAGUAUUUCAACAGCAAAUACCUGCAGAAGAUCCUGCUCAGGGAGUACGACCAGCCCAAGUCCAGCAUCGUGCUGCUCUACGAGAAGCUGGAGCGCAAGCACGCCAUGGAGCUGGCCCAGGCUGGGCAGCUGGGCCACGGCCUGGCCCACCCCUCCUUCCUCAGCAGCGACAGGACUGUCAUAACAGACCAAAAACUGGAGGACACUCCAAAUCCUGAUGUCCUGGACAACAUGCAGGAAAUAUUGGCCAGGAACCUGUACCGGAUCAGGAGGACGGGCCCGGCGUACAACAGGCACACCCUGCCCGGGGACAGCGAGCCCGCGGAGCGCGCCAAGGAGCUCCUGAUCCUGCGGCACAAGAACCUGCUGGUGGAGCUGGGCGGGAGCGACACCUGCAGCAGCUCCAGGAAGGAGAAGGAGGACUCGUGCUCGGCGCAGGGCGAGCCCAGCCCACAGCCCAAGCUCUGCCGCUCCCUCACCGUGGGGAACACGGAGAAGGUCCGGGAGGGGAAGGAGAGCCGGUCCAAGUCCGUGUGUGCCAUCCCACCGCGCCAGCCCGGCAUGGGGCUGAAGGAGCUGACUCUGGAGGUGUACAAACACAAGGGAUGCUCUGGCUCCCCAGGAGGGCUCUGACUCCUUCAGGGAGGGCUGCUGGAUGUGUAGAUAAUGUAAAUAAGAUGCACGUUGGAAAGGACAGCGUGGACAGGGUGGAAUAUCCAGAGUGGUUUGCAUGGAAAGUCACUCUUAUUGCCCAGUGUUGGGUUUUCUGUGGGAACUGAGGAAAAAGAUGCCCAGCAAUGCCAGGGAACAUUUCUAAGGAAUUUGUAGGAAAAAUUAGCCUGUUCAGUCUGGGAAAAUUUCUGAAACUGCCUACUACUGCAAGUAAGGAAAAUUUCUGAAACUGCCUACUACUGCAAGGAAGGAUGUUUUAAUAAGGUGAGAUAUGGGAUCUUCUCAUUAGUUUUCAGGGGUAGGCUAAACAGCAGGGAGCAUUUGGAUUAUAGGCUGGGAAAAACUUGAUAAUCUCAAAGAAGGUUUUAUUAGGGGUGGAGGAAAGAACAGAAACAGCAACAGAUUUCUACUUCUCCUCAGGAAUUGAUGGACCCUGAGUGUAAACAUUAAUCUCAUGAAGUCCAAAGUCAAAUGACAUGGUUCAGUAAGGGGCUGUGUCUUACCUGAGGGAUUGUCCCACACCCAGCCACAAUUCUGCUCAUGAAAAAUUUUUGCAGCUGAAUUAAAAGGGAGAAAUGUGUUCUUUCUGGUUUUUGAAAAUUUAUGUAAGGAAUGAUUCACCUCAAAGUUAAAAUGAGGAGGCUCCAAACCCAGUGGUGAUAGCAGGAGAUGAGGGGGACAGCCCUUAAAUAGAUGGGAAAAGGUUUCUGACGUGGUUGGUUGGUGGCAUUAAUCCUGUAAAGAUAUUUUGGGAUGAUCUGUGCUGCCAUAGCUGGGAGCUGUGGGUUUAGAGGGGUUUGAGAGUGCCAAGAGGGUGACCCAAACCCUGGUGGCUUCUCCCAGGAAAGGUGUGAGCCCUUUGCACAGCAGGUGCAGGAAAACUCUGGGGAUAGGACCUGAGGAAGACAGGCAGCCCCCGAUUUGGGUAAUUUUCUUUGAAACUCCAGGUAAGUUCAAGCCUUUGAAUUCUUGUCCUUCCUGAACCUGACAGGACAAGUUUCAGUUUUGCAUUGACAUUUUUCUUUUUCUUCUCCUUCCUCUGAUCCAAGAGUGUUUAAUCUGAACAAGUGGCUCUUUUUGAAACAGCAUUGAAAGAAACUGUAGGAAUUCACAGACUCCUCACCAUGAUAUUUUUGGCCUUGCAGAACCAGACUCCUUGUGUGCAGAAAUACUCCCUUAGGAGACCCCUGCAUGGUACAUUGGGGCUUUCCUUUUAAAUUCAAGGCACAAAUUUGUGCAAAUUUGCUUUGCAAUAAUCCAAUAUCUUAUUUUUUCUGAAAAAAAACCCUUAUGGUGUCCUGGCAUAAGCUGAGGUGGUUCAUAUUCACUUGAAGGUCACUCCAUCACUGUAAAUUAAUUUCAUUGCAAAGGAAAAUUUGAGCUUUUGCCAAUAGAUGUGUUUUACAGGUGUAUAUACAUACAUGUACAUAUGCAUGGACUUUAAUAUAGGCUCAUUGUCAUCUUCCAUUUAUUACAAUUUUGGUUUGUUUCCUAGUUAAAUCCAUGUGCAUGGGAGCCAUGUGGGUUUGGCUGCACUUGGUUUAGAAAACAGCCCAUUUUUGAGUAUGUUGUAAUAUAUGAUUCAAUCUCAGACAUUUAUGAAUAUGCUGUAGUGUUCUACAUUUCUCUUUCAAUUAAACUCGCUGUGUUAUGGGAUAAUUUGAGUUAUUCUCUCCUUGCAUCUUCAACGUGCUGCUGGGGACACUCAGGGGUGUCUCUGGGUGUCACUCCAGGCCAAUCCUCUUGGACCAGCAGCUCCUUCGACCCUUGGCCAGUGAUCCCAAGAUCACGAGUGAGGAAAGCAAUUGUAACAAGGAAAUAAAAUUGGUGGUGUUGUUCAUUGGUGAAAGCCAUUGCAUGCAAGGGAGAGAGAAAAAAAUACUGAACCUGAAGGUCCUCAGCUCUCUGGGGCUGGAAUGUCCCUGUUCACCUCCAGUUUUGUCCUCAGUGUUUUAAAUUUCUCCUUAAAUUCUGCAUGGUAAAUAGUCAUAGGAGGGUUUACUAAGGUGAGUUGUUUUUAUUCCGUAAAGGGUGACCAAAAAGGAAAUUAAACCAGUUUGCUUGUCUAGGAAUUUUUAAUCAAGGAUAGAAACUGUGAGUGACUGAUUCUUGCUUGGGUUUUUUUGGCUCUUUUAUUUUGGUUUUAUGCUUUUGCAUCUGACCUGUGUUAUUUUUGAAAUACCUGGGUGUCUGUACCAUCUUUGUCUUGCAUCCAUCCUUGUCAUCUUUGUGCAGCAUGCAUCAUUUUUCUGGGUAUCAGGCACUUAAAUAAGGAACUUUUUCCAGCUGAAACUCCCAUCAGUUCUUUGCAAUAUCAUUGUGGGUUAUCAAGGACCUUAUUUAAUGGUGGUUGUUUUGGCAGGGGUAGAUUUCUUUGCAAUACUGCUGUAGGCAACAGAAGUGGUUGGAAAAA